AUUUUUCUUUUCUUCUUCUUUAUUAUUCCUCAUAGUAUGACCACUUCUCUUUCCAAUGUUAACUCAUCAUCUUGCUCGACUAUUAAAACUGAAAAACAACAUACACUUAAUAAAAAUAACGCGAUAGACUUGCAUAACACAAGUAGUGGCGACUAUCAUAUUCGUGUUCUCGGGAUUGAUGAACAAGGUGCUAAAUCUCGCGUAGAAACUCAAAUCCGACUUUAUCUCGAAUUAACCAAUGGACAAGGGGAAAAGGUACAACAAUGGUCUCACUUACGCCUCCCUGAACCUUUAUUGACUCUUAAACGACGUGCAACCAAUAAAAGAAAAUCCAACGAGGAUCUUGAUGAUGAAAAUCAUGUGAUUCCUGAAGAGGCUAUACUUCAUCUUCGUGCUUCUGUGAUUUGUGAAAGUGAUAUUCAUCGCAAAGUGAAAAUGUGUCAAAGAUGUGUUUGGCGUGAGUGGAAACGUGCUGAUCGAAAAAAGGCGGGUAGAAAACUUGGAACAACCUCUGUUUAUGACGAAGGAUUGAUGGAACGGGAACGACAACGUAUUCUGUUAUUCAAUAGUGAUCCUUUGUUGGAUUUCAAUGCCGGCGAAUGUGUACUACCUACUCGUAUCACUUGUUAUUCUCGUCAUCAUGAUGAACGUCAAGGUUUCAGGAUCAAAUUUACUAUGCACAAUCAUCUUGGACAAUUGGUGGGUUCAGGUCAAUCGCCUCCUAUUAUGAUCACAGAUGAUCAUAAGAACUUAUCUAAACUAGGUGACAAUAAACGUAGACGACGACGACGACGAAAGUCUGUAUUAGAAGUCAAUGAAUCCUUACCUACACCCGAAGAAGAUGUUUUGGCUACAUUUGAUGAUUCUCAUAUCUUGAACACUACCGAACCAAUGGCGAUAAAGAAAGAAGAAGAUGUAUUUGAUUUGGCUACAUUUGAUGAUCAUUCCUUGACGGCAAUGUCAUCUUCUUUACAAUCAGAUGAAUCACUUUUGGAUCCUUGUCUAUUAUUCCCAACGACUCCUCCUCCUCCUAUGCAAGAUCUUCAAAUGUUUUUACCAUCAUUAUGGCCAUCACCUACUUCUUCACCACCUACCUCAUCCACUGAAAUAGGUUCGCCUUUAUCCUCCUCUUCACCCUCUUCGCCUUUGACAACCACAUCAUCAUCAGCUAUCACGUCCCCUGGGCUCUAUCAACAACAAUUCCAUCAACAACAACAAUUAAAGGAUCAACUUAGUCACCAACCAAUUUAUCCAUCAUCAUCCUUCAGCAUGUUACCACCACCUAUGAUGGCACCCAAGAUGGAAAGAAUGAUUCCUGAUCAUGCAUCGAUAGAAGGUGGGAUGGAAAUCACUAUUUUGGGCUCUCAUUUCCAUGAAGGAUUGACAUGUUAUUUUGGUGACCAACCUGCAUUGACGUCUUAUUGGAGUCCUACUACUUUGGUGUGUACAGUACCUUCAACCUCACGACUCGGCCCGGUGCUUGUUUCGUUGGAAAACCCUUUGAUGACCUCUCUCUCCAUGACUCCACUUGUUUUUACUUAUGAUUCUCCUCAACAAAAUAAUCACUCUUCCAAAUGGGAUGAACAAGUCAUCCAAACUAUCACUUGGCAAGCUUUGAAUCUCAACAUGGCUCAAAAUAUUCAUGAUGCUCGGCAAAUUGCUCUUCGGUUGAUCCAUCUAGAAUGACAGUUUAUAUAUAUUUUUUGUUUGUAUUUAUUUAGUUUGUAAUUUUUUUUUUAUGAUACCUUUUCUUGUAGUGGUUAUUAUUUUUUUUUCCAUGAUGACACUUUUUCUUAUGUACUUUUGAUAUUAUUUCCCUUCUUUUGUGUGUGUGUGUAUAUUUUUUUCUUAUGAUUCUUUUUAAUAAAAUAAUAAUAAUAAUAAAAUCCUUGUAUGUUUGAUGGUCUUUCGGUUUAUAGGGAAAAACUAAACAUCCGUUUUCCAAUGUUGUUGUUUGACCUUGCGGCGCAUGAAAAUAUUUUUUUGUCAUGCUGUCCAUCCAAUGGAAGAUAUCCAACUCAUCAUUCAACUUUAUCACUACCUUGAAACCAAAAAGUAAAAAAAAGUGGCGCUUGUGUGUGAUCACCCCACUCACUGAAACCCUCAGGCUGACUAAAAAAAAGGAAUAAUAGCGCGAUAAAAGUGAUCAUCCC